CGUGAUCAUGGAGGACGCCGAGCUGAGUUUCGCCCACAUGGGGCUGGAUGCGCGGCUCUUACAGGCUGUAGCAGAGCUGGGUUGGGCCAAACCCACGGCAGUGCAGGAGGCUGCCAUCCCGCUGGCCCUGGAAGGCAAAGACUUGUUGUGCCGCGCCAAGACUGGCUCCGGCAAGACGGGGGCCUACGCCUUGCCCCUUCUCCAGCGCCUGUUGAACGCCAAAAUGGCGCCCACGGUGUCCGCGCAGGUGGUGCGCGUGUUGGUCCUGGUGCCUACCCGCGAGCUGGGCCGGCAAGUAGUGCGCAUGCUGCGCCAGCUGGCCGCACACUGUGCCCGUCACGCGCGCUUCGCUGACGUUUCGGGCUCGGAUGACAUGUCUGCGCAGAGGCCCAUCUUAAUGGAGAAGCCAGAUGUGGUAGUGGGCACACCAUCCCGGGUCCUGGCCCACUUGCAAGCGCGCAACCUGAGCCUUCAGGACUCCUUGGAGUUGCUGGUGCUGGACGAGGCAGACCUUCUUUUCUCUUUUGGCUUUGAGGAUGACUUGAAGAAGCUGCUCUGUCAUUUGCCCAAGAUCUACCAGACGUUCCUCAUGUCAGCCACCUUCAGUGCAGACGUGCAAGCUCUGAAGGAGCUGGUGUUGCAUAAUCCUGUGACCCUGAAGUUGCAGGAGUCGCAACUGCCAGACAGCUCCCAGCUCAGCCAGUACCAGAUUCGGAGUGAGACGGAGGAGGACAAGUUUCUGCUGCUCUAUGCACUGCUGAAGCUUUCUCUGGUGCGGGGAAAAGUCAUUCUCUUUGUAAGCACCAUUGACCGCUGCUACCGCCUCAAGCUGUUCCUGGAGCAGUUCAGCAUCCCUGCCUGUGUGCUAAACUCAGAGUUGCCUGUUCAGUCUAGAUGCCAUAUCAUCACUCAGUUCAACAAAGGCUUCUAUGAUUACAUUGUCGCCACAGAUGAGCAGCACCUGGCAGAGCCAGAGGUACUGGGGCAAGGAAAGAAGAAAAGGGGCAAAAGAGCAGAGAAAGGUAAAGAGUCUGGUGUUGCACGUGGCAUCGAUUUUGAGAAUGUGUCUGCUGUCAUCAACUUUGACUUUCCUCCUUCAAUUGAGUCCUACAUACACCGAGCAGGAAGAACAGCCCGUGCCCACAACCCUGGAACGGUGCUGACUUUUGUGUCUUGCUCAGAGAGUGCCCAGCUGGCCAAGAUUGAGGCAGCACUUGUGGGAGAAACCAGUGCAAUCACCUUACAACCGUAUCAGUUUCAGAUGGAAGAAAUUGAAGGCCUCCGAUAUCGCUGUCGGGAUGCCAUGCGUUCAGUCACCAAGCAGGCAAUCAAGGAGGCUCGGCUCCGGGAGAUCAAGGAGGAGCUGCUCAACUCAGAGAAACUGAAGACAUACUUUGAAGACAACCCCCGGGAUCUGAAUCUAUUGCGCCAUGACCAGCCCCUUCAUCCAGCCAUCGUCAAGCCGCACCUGCGCAAUGUGCCAGAAUACUUGGUGCCCCCUAGCCUACAAGCUGUUGCACGGCCCCUCAACUGCAAACGCAAGCGGCGGAAGCCACUGCCUCCCCGUACUAAGGAGCAGCAAAACCCACUACGCAGCUUCAAAUUCACAAGGCAGAAAUCACGGACUCCAGCCAAGAGAAAGAAACCCUCCUGAGUUCCUGGCUCUGGCGGACAGUGUUACGUAUGCAUUAGAGAGCAAUGUGACUAUGGACCCUCCACUCUGGGGCUGUGCUUUUCUGCCAGGAUAGGACAUUUCUAUAUGAAAAUACUAGAAGAGUGUUUGGGCCUUUAAAUAUACAGAUUUUAAAAGACUUCCUACCCUUUCCUCGGAAAGCAAUUAAAAUGGCUGAAACCUCUUAGACUUUUAAGUCCUUAAGGUAAAAAGUUGUGUUACAAAUAUAAACCAUUUGUGAGUUUAUGGUUUAUUCUGGAAUGACUCAGACAAACGUAUUUCCUUCUCAUACU